GAUAGAAAGGUAUCUCUCCUCAGUGAUGUUCAGUUCCGGAGUUUGAAGAUCGAUAAGAGGAAAUUGGUUAGUGAAACGGUAACAAUCAUCCCCCAACGAAGCAAACGACACCCGGCGAAGUUGCGAAAAUCCCGAAUGGAGAGUACACGCAGCUGUCGAGCAGACGGACUUCGCUAGACGGCUUGUGUUGUCAGUUGCAGAAAGCCGAACCGGACAGGAGAGCAUCGCACGCAGCGGAGAUUCGCCAGUAUCUAUGGAGGAUUGGACACGGUGUCUAUGAGGGAUUCAGGCGAUAGAAAAACUUCAAGUUCAAGGAAAACGCCAGGGAUCGGUUUCCCCAUAAGCCGUCGUUCGAGGUGAUGCAAUUUAUUCGCAACAGCCUCUCGUUUUCGUUCAUCAGCAACCAGGGAAACAACGAACAGUCGCCGGAAAAUGGUGCGUCGAACGGAAUGGAAGAUACAACUGGACUGCCCGGCGAUCGUAAGGGUUCACCGUCACGCUCGGAAUCGAACCUUAGCGAACAGUCGAAGUAUGCGACGGUGCGAUCGAAGGUACCACUGAACUUGGGCAGUCCUCCGUCGGCAUACAGCACACCAUUUCAGAGUCCGAUCAUUGCGAGUCGCACCUUCCCAACGUUGGUCGACGCUGCCGCAACGUUGAACAAAUCCGAUAGUCGGGAUGAUUCGGGGAACGGAACCAUUAAGCCGGAACGGAGCAGUAAAGUGUACUUCAUUGAGCAGGGACAGCUGCAAACAGACUAUGAGCUUCCGGAGCGGCCCGCGCGAUCAAUGCGCAGUACCGGUGUGGUCAAUCCUGCCUUUACAAACGAUACCGGGGCCACUGUGAUAAACAUGCCCAACACAACACAACCCAGCGUUAUACGGGAACAGUAUUGGACGUGGUCGUGUCGAUGCCACCGAGAACUCACCUCCCGCGAGAAGGCUCUACUCAUUGUAAUUUUCGUUCUGGUGCUGGUCAUUGGAGGUCUCGCAACGUACCUGGGCAUCGUGGUAGAUAGUGAUGAUGGAAUUACAGGCGGCAUCCUUACGAGAAGUUUGCAACAACCAGUGGCCAGCGAUCAAUAAUAAAAAAGAAAGGCGAUAGUUUCGACUGCAGCGCAUUGCUAUGGAUAAGAUUGUAAAUCACCGUAUACGUCUCCAGCAAAUGAACGAUAGUCGUCAGCGGCCAUUUCUAAACAAGCGAAAAGUACGAAACAACCCAUCGAGAGAUUCCUCAAACUACAGACCUAACUCUACCUUAAGACUGCAUAUCACACCUGUUUCUAUCCCAUGACGUUAAGGAAACCCACGAACAACGCAUGGCAUCAAUCUUGUACACGUUUAGUAACUAGUAAUUGUAAUUGUUCCCUUAUCUAUGUAUGUUUUAUACCAUUUACAUUACUUCAGUAAGCCGGAAUGCAGUUAGGAAAAGCGUUUCAUCUGGUUAAUAAA